UCAACAUAUUCCAUACACUAAACAAUUUCGUGCCGCUUUUUUUAAAUAGUAAUACAAUCACCGCUGUGAUCUGUGCGCCCCAUAAUCCACUAAAAAGUCGCCGUCGGAUCCUCUCAGCUUUUCUUCAUAAAACUUUCAAUUUAAUUUAACACCGAACGAUAGUGGUUAAAUGCUCUAGGACAAACAGCUACUGUAAAAUGUGCCAGUACCGGCGAACAAGUCUGGGUAUCAGCUUAAUGUGGUACAAGAUCAUUUAUGCAAUAGUGGUUAUUGUUAUUUGCGUCCUAUGUCCAGUGAGACUUGACGACACUAUUGACAUGUCAUCGGACAUUGCCAGGCUACGGAAGGACAUCUUGCCUACCCAAUAUCGGGCAACACGGCUCGUUCGACCUGUGGUAUCUGAAAGUACUUCGAUGACACUGACGGUGACGGUGAAGAUCAGCGACUUCAUAAGUUUCGAACUUGACAAAAAUGAAGCCGCCACACAGCUCUCUAUGUGUUUUAGCUGGUGCGCUGAAAUUCUUGCCUGGGAUCCGUCUGCGUACAACGGUCUGAGCAAUAUUACCGUUUACACAACCGAAAUAUGGCGACCGGACGUCGACAUUUUUAAUCAUGUCGAUUUUCAGGUUCCGUACUUCUCGUCUACUAUCAUGUUUCUCUAUGCCAACGGCACUGUAGAAUGGUGCCCACAAGUUAAGUCACUAGUUAGCUGCGACACGGAUAUGUCGCACUUUCCGCAUGACGAACAUGUAUGUGUCCUGCUGAUAGGCUCAUCGACAUACACCUAUGAGGAACUUAGGCUUGAGCCACGACUUGUCUUUGAUUACAACCCAUUAAGGAAAUCUGUCCGCUCCUCAAACUGGGAGCUGAAAGGUGCAUCCUUAACGUUGGUCAAGGGUAGCGAAACAGAAGACUAUUAUGAUUAUGCUUUACAGCUGGCAAUACACGUUUCUCGCCGAUUUUCGCUUCAUCGUUACGGUUUUACGCUACCACUAUUUACCUGUGCGAUUCUGACGUUUCUGUUCUGUUGGAUCCCACUCACCAACGAUAAACGUCUUCAUUUAGGUUUGCUGAGCGUUGUUUUAACCAUGUUUUUGAUGAUUCGGUACUCGGACACCCUACGCCAUUCAAUUAGCACCCCGUGGGGUCUGAGGUUUGCCGGCGAUCUCGUGUUAUUUACUUGCAUCAUGAUUACGCUGCAAAUCUUGUGUAUGGCCCUGGAAGACUGCAGUGUCCCGUUUGCUACGCAUCCAAUGAUAGAUCGAUUUCUAAACACAACGUUCAUCAGUGCCUAUGUUCUCAACGAGAGGUCGCUGCUAAUCAAUGAAGAGGGACUGGGUCCCGACGCAGAGAUGGAUGGCGCGGCGGUAGAUCCAGCUUCGCGAGAAGACAGAAGCUCUAACGAUCCCUCAACCAGCGAUCCGAAAAAGGAAAACGAAUCUAGUAGCGGUCAAUUUCAGCCCGAAAUUACUAGUAAUAAUGAGACUAUGCAAUUAACAUGUGUCAACCAAAAUUGGCAAAAUCUUCUCGUGGCCACAAUGCGUAUAUCAGUAACGAUAUUUUUUUUUAGCUAUGCCUUCACAUAUUACGUUCUUUAUUAAACGAUCAAGUUUUGAUUGGGUGCGCGAUCCUAUUGAAAAGUACUCUUGGCAGAAAAUAAUAUAUUCAGAAAGGAAGUUGAUUCGAUACCUUACCACCGCCUUUGCGGUGGCAAGCCGCUGUAGAUCUAUAUAUAUAUAUAUAUAUGGCACAACAUGUAACUUUCAUCUCUGUGCCAAGAAUCGUUUCAUGCCGUUACUAUAUUAUGCUAUUACAUGCGGAUGAAGAACACAUGAUGCCCAUGUUCGUCUGUUAGGAGCUUCACAUUUUCUAUCUAUAUUUUGCUACACUGAACGGUAGCGAUAAAAAUUAUUUGUAUCACUAAUAAUUUCUAAUAAAA